CGCGCCGUAGUAGUAUAUUCCCAGUGCAGUAUACCGGUACGUAUACUGUUUACAUUUUGAGUCGGUGUAUGCGCUGGCGCCAGAAUGUAUCCAGGGGUGGCCUGAAAAAAAAAGUAAUACUAAUAGGACUUGGAGUUGGAGAUGGCCGUGGCAAAACUGCUAGGAAAACAAAAAUAACAGUUGAAGUUGAUCGCUUCCACUUGAAAAAUCAACUGCAUAGUAUUGAAGAUCUUUUGCUGAGUACCGGGUACGUACCGUACCGGUACUGACAAACGACAAAAUCAAUUUUAACUUGUCUUCUAUGUUAGUUUGAAGGAGGCCGGAGGGAAGUCAAAUUCGAUCCCCCAUCCCUGGCUGGAUUGCACCAUACCUGCACCGGGAGGGACCGGGAGCUAGCCAGCUAGCUCUACGUACCGGUAUUAAUAGUAUCAUGUAUGGAGGGGUGCAUCAUGAUUUUCUAACGUUAGACAGCUGGCAUUAGUCUGUUUGGAGGAGUUUUCAAACAUUUUUUAUAUUUCUCCUCGCGAGCCAACAGCUGAACAACCAAUGUAAUGAAUGUACAGACUACAGGGACUGAAGUCUUUUCGAUCAGCGCACCCAAAGAAUCAGACUGAUAAAUCCGCUCUUUUGGAGGAGUUUUUCAACAUUGUCCUCCUACACAGACGGAUGACUGCCAUUCGGCUCGUAAUGGUGGAGCAAACAACCGCCACUUAACUACAGCGUCUAUAGAGAAAGGUUUAUUACCUCAGCAAAAAAUAUGUACUAUUGAUGUAAGACCUUGUCUACAAUGUCUGGUCCACUUCUCGCAAGACACACAGAUGCAUUCCUUGGUCAAGACCGUACUGACCUUCAUGCUGCAGCAUUCCAAGGACAGUUAAUGACCAUGCAUGGUCUGAUCCUACGAGGAGCUGAUGUCAACAAACGCACGUCUGAUGGUGUCACUCCGCUUCAUGAAGCUUGUUCUCGUGGUUACCUCUAUUGUGCAGAGAUGCUUGUAAAACAUGGUGCUGAUAUAAAUGCAUGUAACAUUGAUGGUGCAACUGCUCUCUGUGAAGCUUGUUGCCAUGGCAACAUAGAAAUUGUCAAGUUGUUGCUUAGCAAAGGUGCAAUACCAAAUCCAACAUUGGCCAGGACAUCACCCCUUCAUGAAGCAGCUUUUAGAGGACAUACCAAGUGCGUUGAAGAGUUAAUCAAAGCAGGAAGUAAUUUAGAAGCCUCUGACUUGCAUUAUGGGACACCCCUACAUGCUGCUUGUAAUAUGGGCCAGACAGGAACAAUAAAGGUCAUACUCAAGGCAGGAGGGAAUGUGAAUGCUAUAAUGAACCAUACUAGUCCUCUACAUGUUGCAGCAGGUAUAAAGAAUCCAGACCUUGUAGAUGUUCUUUUGGAGUAUGGUGCUAAUGUGUAUGCCCUCAACAACCAAUCCAGAACCCCUAGGGAUCUCAUCCAUCAUACAGACAAUGCCACAAAAAACAUCAUUGAUUAUGAAAUGGCCAAUCCAAGGAUGCUUGCUGAAUUGUGCAGGUGGAGAAUCCGUCGACUCCUUGGUCCUCAGAAACUUUCCCAGGUCAUCAAACUUGGUCUUCCUAAAAUCAUUGUGAACUAUGUACUCUUUAGAUAACACCUGCCCAAAUGAGCCAUGAGGCAUGAUCAAUCAAAUUUGUUGUGUGAAGUGUAUUGUUGUAACAAGAAUUUGUUGCUUUCUAGUUCUUUUUAAAGUGGGUGCUCAGGUUAAAGUACAUAUAUAUUUAUUUAACAAAGAAUCCAGAUUACUAUGCUAUUUUAAUAUUUUGACAAAAUACAAGUAACAUUUUUAUUUGUAUUCAUAUUCUGCCAUGAGAGUAUUUAACUCCAGUACUCCAUAAGAAAUUUUUGUGUAUCAAUAGCAAGCAGUACAAACAUAUAUGUGUAUGUACCUGUACCAGGAAAUAUGUUCAAAUUUAUGGACAAUAUUUUGGGUUUGGGGUAUGAGAUUGCUUGAAUGUGUUGGUGAAAUAUAGAUGAGAUAUAUUUUCAUAUUUGCUAGUGAGAUGGAAAAUGAUGAAUGAUUAUGAAAAAAAAUGGUAAGAGCCUGUAAUCAUACUUACUAAUUUUAUUAGAAAUUUCAGAUUAUGAAACUUUGUAUCCGGUAAGGAAAAUUAGAUCUUUGUAGGUGAUAUCUACUUUGAGUACAUCAAUUAUGCAAUGUAUAACAGUUUCUGCUAAUGCUUUCAAUUAUGUACAUGUAAAAAGAACUACUGGGUAUUUGUUUUGGCAUUUUAAAAUUAUUUUGUGACUGUAUAUAAUCAAAUUUGAAAUAGAGGUUAUCUGUGAUAACCAUACUUAAUAUUUGCUGUGCAAUACUACUGGGAGAGUUUUAAUUUCAAAUUAUAUAUAUAUAUUUAUGUAUAUUCAUCUUUUACAUUUAUUGCUGUGAUUUUGAAAAAAAAUUCUGAUGUAAAGCUCUUUUUAUGCUUCCACUCACCAAAGUUAAUGUCGGGGGGGGGGGGGGGCAAUAUGUUUUUGAGAUGUCCGUCCAUCCAUCCAAGGACACGGGUCAUUUUGCACCAGUUCUUGAGGUAACUCUUUGAUGAAUCAACUUCAUUUUUGGAUCAUGUAUACGAUUUGAUAAGUUUUUCUCUCGCCUGCAAAGCAGAGUGAGACUAUAGGCACUGCUUUUCCGAUGGCGGAGGCGUCAACAUCAAAUCUUAACCGACAGUUAAGUUUUAGAAAUGACGGCAUAACUGAGAAAGUAUAUGGACCUAGUUCAUGAAACUUGGAUAUAAGGCUACUCAAGUAUUACUGAACGUCCUGCCCAAGAUCAAAGGUCAUUUAGGGUCAAUAAACUUAGACCAUGUUGUAGGAGUCAAUAUCGAAAUCUUAACCUAAGGUUAAGUUUUUGAAAUAUCAUAACUUAGAUAGUAUAUGGACCUAGUUCAUGAAACUUGGCCAUAACGGUAAUCAAAUAUUAAUUAACAUCCUGCCUGAGUUUCAAGUCACAUUACCAAGGUAAAAGGUCAUUUAGGGUCAAUGAACUUUGGCCAAGUUAGGGGUAUUUGUUGAAUUACCAUCAUAACUUUGAAAGUUUAUGGAUCCGAUUCAUAAAACUUAGACAUAAGAGUAAUCAAGUAUCACUGAACAUACUGUGCUAGUUUCAGGUCACAUGACUAAGGUCAAAGGUCAUUAAGGUAAAUGAAAAUUGUAUUGUAUCAUUAUUUGGAUAGUGUUUUCUGUGAAUAAUUAUUUUAUAGUAGUUUUCAAAGUCAGCACUGCUGCUAUAUCGAAUCGCGUAAUGCAGGUGAGACUGCCAGAGGCGCUCCACUUGUUUGGGUAUUUAGGUCAAAGGUUGAAGGUGACAGAGGUCAUAUACCUUAUAUGCCUUGUUCUUGCAAUAACUCUUGAACUGUUUGACAUAUCAACUUUAAACUUGGGUCAUGUAUGCAUAUUGGAGUGAUAGUAUCAAGUUCAAAAUUGGAAGAUGCAUGUAUGCUUAUUGGAGUGACAAUGAUCUGAUUAGUUUUUGGGAAGAGAUAUCAAAUGUUAAAGAGGUCAUACAUUAUUUGUGUGAUAAAAUUAAAAAACAAGGAUAAAAUUUCCAAGAUGCCAUUGGCUUUUUACAUGUAGCUGAAUAGCAAACUAAAAUGGAAAAUAAAUUGGCUUUUUCCUCUGAUCAACCUAGAUGGUGGAUCAAAAAAGUGGACUUGCAAACAACUCCAUUCUAAACUAGAACUGCAAUCGUUUCAUUACGAUGUGCAUGCAUUGACGUGUCUGAUUGAAAGGUCAAGUCCACCUCAGAAAAAUGUUGAUUUGAAUCAAUAGGAAAAAAUCAGACAAGCACAAUGCUGAAAAUUUCAUCAAAAUCGGAUGUAAAAUAAGAAAGUUAUGACAUUUCAAAGUUUCGCUUAUUUUUAACAAAAGAGUUAUAUGAACGAGCCAGUUACAUCCAAAUGAGAGAGAUGAUGAUGUCACUCACUCAAAAUGGUGCAUGCACUGUCAUGCAUGAAUGAUUUUAGAAAAUGAAAUAAGAGAUAUGCAAUAAUGCAUCAUGGACAACAUGUCUACCAAAUCGGAAUGAAUUUGGAUGAGGAGCGGAGGCAGGGGAGGACUAACAAAAAUUACACGUUAAUCAAAGUGGAUUUUGGUACAUUUUGCCCUCCAUAGGAAGUUACAUUCUCGAGUCAAACAGAUUUCGUCCAUUUUUAGACCAUAUGGGCGCUUAACGAAGAGAGAGAAGGGAGAGAAAGACACACAGAGAGUGAUAUGAAUAAGCAUACACAUUUCCCUGACAGUUCAUUAACGUAACUCAGUGUAAAGUGCGUAUCGGAACGAUGUGCAUGCAUAAUACGUUAUGCCAUAGACAAUGUGUACAAUUCUGUUGUUGAUAAUGUGUGCAUUGUGAGUAGUAUACCAUGUGUUCAGAUUGGCUUAUCUUGAAAUUUUCUGUUGUAACCUAUGUCGUAUAUGGUAUCACUGGAAAGAGCAUUUCCAUGCGGUGACGUUGAUACCCCUUUUAUGUGUGCGCAAGCAAUAGACCGGAAGUAAAUGCCAUAUAAAGAAAGACAUUAAAAAUGACAGUUUUUCACAAUAAUUUUAAGCUGACGUCAGCUCUAUGUCAGUUUCUGUCACAAAAGGUUGACGAACGGUUAAAGUAUAUAUCAAUACUCAUAUCUGCCAAGUUAGUAAGGAUAAGCUUCAAUAAUAAGGAAAUAAGAGCAAGUUGAAGUUGUGCUGGCAUUAUAGUGCAAUUUUGCUUAUUUUGCUGAUUUUCGGGAGCAUUUUUCAGAUAUUUCGUCAGUGGUAAGGUAUAUAUUUUUCUAAAUGGCAUGAAAGGGCAUAUCUUGAACACCCUAAAUCUUAAAAGGGGUACGGGUUUGGCCAUGCAUGACGCAAUGAGGAGCAUUCAAAGAUAAGCGUUUUUGAAACUUUAGAGGGCGCUUUUUCAGUAACGGAAAUUCAAUGAUGCGUGAAAACUAACUCCUAUGUAUGAUAUGGUACCAGUAUCAAUUCCU